AUGCAUUUCAAUGUACCGAAUUCAACAUCUCCUGUACUUUACACAAAUUUCAAUCUGAUAUAAAUUGAGAACAAUAUCACAAUUCACGGUUUUAGAAACGAAUCAUAUUAUUAUCACGGAAGUGAAGUAAGCAAACGAAAUUCAAGUAAAUUUUGGGUGUUUGUUGUAAAAAUGUGCAUUGACUUCAAACGCAUAAUAAGUGAAAGAGAAUUGUUUUUGUGUUAAUUCCAAUAAAAGGUCAUCAAUUGAAAAAAAACGGAACAUUUUUUUUUGCAACUGGUCCUACAAAUUAAAACGGCAACUUCAUUCCUAGAAUGUUAUGUUAAUUAUUCGAAGUAAUUUAUUUGCAACACAUUGAUUCGGUCAAUUCGGUUAAGAAGUGAAAGAAAAAAGAAUUAUUGUGUAAAAGUGAAGAAUAUAUGUUUUUUCUCUGUCGACAUUGUCGCGUUUUAUCUAUUCAAUUGUUAGCAGCCACACAUUUUAGAUACACUGGAUUGUAUCUUGUCAUCAAAAUCAGAACUGCUUUAGUGCCUAAAAAUUGAAAAAAAAAAUAGGAGACAUAUUUAAAUUGUUUAUUUAAGGCACCACAAGUUGUUUAUUUAGAAGCUCAAAAUUUAUUUAAAAAUUAAAAAAAAGAAUUAAAUAAAAUCAAAAACGUGGUAUUUCAUAUUUUAAAUGCAUACAAACUUUUGUAAAAAAAUUGUUAAUUCGUGUGUUUUGUUCGAAUAAAUUUGAUCGGAAAAAAGUGUGUUUGUACUAAAAGUGCUUCACCAAUAUAAUAGAAACGAAGGCAAAAUAUAGCAAACGCUUCAGGAAAGGCUGAUUAACCAAAUUGUAUCAUUUGGAAAACAGAAAUCGUCGCUUGCUUGAAUAAAGAAUUAGUUGAAAUUAAAUUGAAACGUUCAAUUCAAAACUUAAAUAAUUAAUUCACUGCAUAUGUAAAUUGAAUUACGGUAAAUCGUUGAAAAGAGAAUUUCGAGUUUCAACAUUUAAUUUAACGCUCCACAAAGCACACAUUAUCAGCAAUGAAUAAAAACAACCGAAAAAAUCGAACGGGUCCACCGAGACCUCAGCAGCGUGGCCGAUCAGCUGCUAUUGAAGGAGUAUAUAACAAUGUUCACUUUAUGCAUGCGAUCGCUUCACAGAUAGGAAACAUAGUUCAAAUUCAAACAAAAUCAGGAGCUAUUUUCGAGGGGAUCUUCUAUACAGUUUCACCACAUUUUGAAAUUGUAUUGCAGCUAGUGCACCGGAUUGAAAUUCCGGUUUCAUCAUCAUCAACUGGAUCGAAUAAUACACCAGUUAAUAGUAGUCUAACUAGUAGCGGUAAUUUGGAAUCUGGAUCACCGUUUGAUGACCACAAUGUGUCAUUGGAUGCAAUAUAUGAUGUUUUGAUAUUCAAACCGACAGACGUAGUUUUUUUCAAAGCCAAAGACGCCGAUUUAGAUUAUGCAACGAAAGACACUUUUCAAACAGAUACAGCUAUUUCCAAGUGUAAUGGAUCACGAUUCGAUGAAAAAGAACUGGAACCAUGGUCGUUUGAUGGUGAAAGUAAUUCGGUCAAUGGUGAUGCAGAUUGUAGCUUAGAAUUGGAUAACAAUGCAAAUGGUUGGGAUGUAAAUGAUAUGUUUUCGUGCAAUGAACAACGUUAUGGAGUUCAAUCAACUUUUGAUCAAUCACUGUCUGGAUACACAAUACAAAUUCAAAAGAACGAUACACAAGAUUUCAGAGAUGCAGAAGAGCAAGCUGAAAAAAUAGCGCAAGAAAUUGAAAGUCAACCAGCAUAUAAAGAGCGUACAGACAUUGAAAAUGGUGAUGAAAAUGAGGAAGCUAAAUUUGCUGCUGUGGAACGUCCACAAUCGAGCAGUCCGGAUGAAAUUAAAGUUGGAAAAUAUGUGGCACCGGGCCGUCGUAAACAGCAUAACACUCAAGUCGGAAAGCUCAUCCGACCGACACAAUUGAAUAGUAGUAAUAACAACAGCAGUAGUUCAAGCCAGUCGUCAGUGCCGGUCUUGUCCCCACAACAAAAUAGUAAUAAUAAAUAUUCGCCACUGGUUUCACAUUCCUUGCCGCCACAGCAAUCAGUGCAGAAAAAUUCUGCGCCACCUCAGCAAAGUGGACCACAGCCACCACUUAUUCAUCGAAUACAUAAUCAACCAUCUUUGCAACAGGUUCAAGUGUCACACAAGUUGAAUGGCGAUGAUCAAUCUAGUAAUGAAAUGAAGCACAAUCAUCAUCGACGUCAUCGACCCGAUAUUGAUAGUGAACGAAAUGAACGCGGAGACAGAAUAGAUCGAGAUAGAGUUGAUCGCAUUGAUAGAGAUAGCAGAGAAAAUCGAGACCCAAGAGAUAGAGAUAAUCGUGAACGGGAAAUACGUGAAAAUAUACGCGAUAAUAAUAAAGGCGGUCUAUCAAUGCCUCAACGAGGUGGAAUGCGUCAUUAUCCCCUUCCGAAUCAACAAAUAGUUCAAACUGGAAAUUUACCCACGUUUUCAGAAGCAAUCAGUACCAAUAAUAGCAAUAGUCAAAUGUUGGUUACGUCUCAAAUAAAUCAAAUGCCACCUCCAUCUCAUCAAGGUCCUCCACCACAUCAAACACAGGUACGAAUGUAUCACAAUUCUCCGAUGAUAGCUCAAGAUAGUCAGCAGAAUAUGCCAGCACAUAUGGUAAUUCAACAGCAGCAACAGGUUGGACCUCCGCCACAACCACAAAGAGUUCAAAGAGUUCCACAACGUGAUGAACAAAUUGCUGACUUCCGGAAAUUCAAACAAAAUUUCAUCCUUAAUUCAUCGAAGGGACAGCGUGGAAAUGAGCAAAAUCAACCAUCACAACAUCAGAAUCAACCAGAAUUGAGACCGUCACUUGAAGAAAAUGCAAAUCAAUCAAAACCGUUCUCAAAACCAUACGUAAAUCCAUUAAAGCAAUAUACUAGCCAGUCAUCUACCGAGUCAACAAUCUCUAACAUGAAUCCUGAUGAUAAGAGAUCGAUUCCGCAACAACAAUCAAAACCUGGAUCAACUCCAAGUAGCAGUAAUACGAAUCAAUUACCGGAUGCUAAGGUUGAGCAGCCCGCACAGUCAUACGUAAGCGUUGUUCAACAAACGCAAUCGCAAAAUCAGCCGCAACAGCCGCUACUUGCUCAGAAACCACCAGUUCAAUCACAAUCGAUAGGUAUUGCUACAGCACAAAAUCAACAAUCGUCAUCACCACCUGCUCAACAACAACAACAACAACAGCAACAGCAGCAGCAGCAGCAGCAGCAACAACAACAACAACAGCAGCAGCAGCAACAACAACAACAACAGCAGCAUCAACAACAACAACAACAACAACCUAUACGAGAAAUAGAACGAUCAACUCCAAAUGUACCCGAGCCACAUCAAGAAUAUCAGUCUCCUUCUUCACAAACCACACAACAAAUUUCAAAUAUAAGCUCGUCUAGCAAUUCGCCUCCUACAUCAUCCACACCACAAACACCUGGCAGCGUAGCAAAUGAUUCAAUUUCAUCUGACAAACAGAUGAGUGCACCGAAAAAGUAUACUUUAAAUCCUGCGGCAAAGCCGUUCACACCUCGAAUUCCGGUAACACCAAAUUCAUCGCGACCCCAUACGCCCCAAACACCAGGCACACAACCAAAUAAUGUUAUCACUCAAUCAGUUCAUCCAAAUAUUGCUCCCGCUGUCGCACAGCAAAAUCAAAUACCAAUGCAUCCACCACAACAGCCAACUCCCCAGCCACAACAAAUUCCCAAUCAACAUGUUACACAAGGUCCCGUUAUGACUAUGGCAUACUUUGUUCAACAACAACAAGCCUACCCAACUCCACAACAUGCUCAGCAAGCACUUGCCUAUUCAGGAGCUUCAAUGGGACUUAGAAAAUCAGGAUAUGAACGAAAGAAUCAAUUGCCUGUUUCUCAAGUUCAAGUAGCUGCUGCCUCCGCAGUAACCGGGGCGCCAUUACACGUUGCCACACCGAUGGCUCCCUAUAUUUCACCUUAUCCGCAAGCUCAUCCACAAACAUUUCAAGGACCGUAUGCGCAUAUGGUUCUGAAUAGAUACCCGGAAACUCCUCACCAACCCCAACAAUUACAGUACUUGACUGCGACUCCACCCUCGACAACGCCCUCACCUGGCCAACCACACCAACAGCAAUUUCAUCAAGGUCCUCAGCCAGCGGGCACAACACAAUAUCAAGCUCCACAACAAUUUCAAGUGAUUCCCGUUAUGAAUGGUCCACCUGUGGUAGCUACACAAUACAUGCAACCCCCAAAUUCAGGACCAUUUUUAUUAAUGCAGCCGCACCCGCAACAAUGAAAUAGUUCGAUUUUACCCUAAAAAUGCUUCUGAUAAAUUUUCAAACGCUCAUUUCUUUUUCUUCAAUUGGAAAGUGUAUCUUUAUACGUCUUCAAAUAAUUUCCGGAGUAAUUUCAGUCUUAAAAUAUUUUUUGUUGUUGAGAAUUUGAACCUAUCGCCUUUUUUUAAUUGAACAUUCAUUUCCUUUAUAACUUCUGGCAAGUCACAGUGUAGAUGAACCCGUACUUUUCGAUUUAAUCGAUAAUAGUUCUAUCAAAUUCGAAAUAAAUAUCAAAACAAGAAUGAAAAUAAUUUCAAAUGAUCGAUUAAGUUUGAAACGAAAUCGAACACAUUUUUAGUGCUGUAGUUAACACUUUUAUUUCAUACAAAUUGUACGGAACAAUGUGAUUAACUUGCAAAUUAUUUGAACGAUGAAGCGAAAUAAAUUCAUGCAAAAAAAAGCAAACAAGCGAGUAAUCGGUAUACUUUUCCAAAGUAGCUUCUGGUGCGCACAAGAAUAUUUAAAAUCGUAUUAUAUGAUUUCGAAUUAUUUUUCGCAACCCAAAAAAAAAAAAUCAAAUGUUUUUUUUUUUUUGCAUUACAUAAAUUUUAACGGUCAAUAAAUGAUACAUACCCUAAAUUUCGCGAUUUA